AUGUCUGAAUUUACCCAAUCAAGAACAGAAUUGGAUGAUACAUCAUCCAGCGAUGAACAAAAAGAUUUAGGCCGAAAGACAAAAAUGUCAAAACAAGAAAUGGAUAAAAAACUUGAUGAAAAUAAACAAAAUUUACUUGGGGAUAAACAAAAUUAUGAAGCAAUUAUUGAAGAUUUAAAACAGAGGCAACCCGAAACUAAUGCUCAACAAACAAACAAUCAAAUUAUCUUAAAUUUACAAAAUCAGUUGAACGAAAAAGAAACGGAAAUUCAUGAAAAUAAGGAAAAAAUUAAAGAGAAAUACAAAUUACUUGAAGCACAAACUCGUGAGAUAACAAACGAGACCAUCGCGAAUUUACGAAGUGUAUUGAUCGAAAAAGAAAAUGUUAUUCAGGAACUUGAGCAAAAACUCAAAGAGGAAGCAUCGAAAUAUCUAUCAGUACUUGAAACAAAGAAAAAUGAACAACCGAAUGAUAUCGCAACUUUACAAGAUAAAUUAAGGGAAAAAGAAAUGGAUAUUCGUGAUCUUGAGAAAAAUAACAAAGAGCUCAAAGAAGAAGCAUCAAGAUAUCAAUCAGCGCUUGGAGCUGCGACAAAUGUACGUUUAGGUAACGAUGAUCAAAAUCAUUCAGUUCAAUUAAAGCAAGAUAUAAUAGAUCUACAGCGAACAUUGGACAAUUAUGUUACAAACUUGAAAGGUAAUAUAAAUAUUAAUGUUGAAGAAGUAAAUAUACUUAUAAAACAAUCUGGUUGUCAUAACAUAAUAACACAAAAAAAGUUAAACAAACCAUUUGUGAAGGCGGUUUUACAACGUAAGGUGUUGGAUCAAAUUUUCGAAAUUUCAAAAAAUUAUGGAGAAUCUCAAGGCGAAAAUUUUUCAUUAGAAUAUGAUAUUGAUUUAAAAGCACAAGAAUUGCUGUCAUUGAUAAAAGAAUUCUCAGAAACUCGCGUUGGAAUCGAUGAAGUUUCUAAAGUUGCAACAAUAAAGAUACGUCAACAAAUUUACAGAAUUCUUGGUAAUCGCGGAUUUUCCAAUAUUAUUUCUCCACAAGAUAAUAGUAUUAGAGCUCAUAAUUUCAUUGAUUUUUCCAGCCGAAUUCUGAAUGAAACGAUUAAUCAAUACCGUCAAAUCAAUGAUAUAGAAAAUAAAAAUAAAGUAGAAAAUAUGGCAUCUAAACUUAUUUGUGAUGUAUUCAAAAUAUUCUGGUUUCGUUUUUUGGUUCAGGAACCGAAACCUGAAAUUAAAUUUUUUGAAAGUAAUACUAUGGUUCAUCCAGACUUAAUGAAUGGGAGAUGGGAAGCUGAUGAACUCGAUAAAAUUUGUGUGGAUCUUUGUUAUUUUCCUUUGAUAGGAAGGGAUUUAAAUUCCAAUUAUAAUUAUAAAGUAAUUACGCCUGCCAAGAUUGUUACGCGUCCAAUUGUUCAAAGUGGAACAUAUGAGGAAGAAAACGAGCAAUUAAAUGAGGAAGAAGAUGAAGGGAAUGAAGAAAUUGAACCUGAUAAAGUUGUGGAUGGGAAAAAUUCAAGUUUUGGCAAAGCUCUAAAAUUAAUCAAAAAGAAAAUGAGAUCGAAUUCAAAAUAA